GCCUGCGCACACACCACCGGAACCGGAACCGAUGAGUGAAUAGUAGUGGUUCCUCUAGGACCCAGAACCGUCCCUGGACUACCUCCUUUCCCGCUUUUUGCAGGCGAUCACCAGGCAGUUUCAUCCCUUGUUGACCUCGGACCGCAGCUUAAGCCUCAAACUUUAUUUCAAUGCUCCCUCCCACGUGCUCCGAAAGACUAUGUCUUUGCCGCUGUCCAAGGAACUGCGGCAGAAGUAGUGCGUCUGUUCCAUGCCCAUUCGCAAGGACAACAAGGUCCAGGAGAAAGUCAAGAGCCUUCAGGCCACAGCAACCUUGGAAAUCGCUCUCCUUGGCAAGCAAGCUGGAAAAUUCAUAUUCUCUCCUUUCUCCACAUAUCCUUCCCGCUACUGCUCUGCUCCCCCAUUUCAUAGUCCGGCUUCUCAAAAGAGUCGUCUGCAUCUGCCAGGCGUGGUGAUCUACUCUUUUAUUCCCAGCAUUCAGGGGAUAGAGGCAGUUAUCACUUCACUGGAAUCAGACAAAGACCAGAAGAUAACUGUUGAACUCAAAGCCAAGUCUCCGAAAGUUGGGAAAGAGAAAGGCCGAUAUAAGGAACUCACUGGGAAUACAAGAGUGAACAUAGUUGUGCCACAGGGGCUGACCAGAGAGGCCUCAUGCGGCCUCUUUGAAACUUUGCAAAGUGUGUCUGAGGUGUUUCGUUGUCCACCUGUUUUGCCCCUGACUCUGUAAAUCUCCUUUCGCAGUUUUGAUGAUUUACAAAUAAAAAUUGGAACCAUCUCCUAA